AUGUUUUACCCUAGUAUUGACGGUGUUCUUCUACGGUCUUCUAAGCCAAUUCCUGGAGCUGCUGAGUCUUUAUCUCUGCUGAAGAAGCAAGGUAUUCCAUUCAUCCUUCUGACCAAUGGUGGAGGUACACACGAGACAGAGCGGGUUGCAGAGAUCAGCGAGAAAUUGAAUGUGCCCCUGGAUGUCAGUGAUAUUGUCCAGAGCCACUCUCCCUUCGCAGAGCUAGUUAAGGGCCCAGAUGAGGCCAGCGCAUUGGAGAACAAAACGGUGCUUGUGGCAGGAGGUGACGGCGAUCGUUGCAGGAGAUCCGUGUGGCCAUUCUCAAAUAACUUCGCAGACUACUACAAGACCUUUGCUCGACCAAUUCCCAAUCCAGCUGACCCUACUGAUCCGACCAAGCGACUCAAGAUUGAUGCUGUCUUCGUAUUCAACGAUCCCCGGGAUUGGGCCCUGGACACGCAGAUCAUCUUAGAUAUUCUGCUUUCGCGCCAGGGUUAUCUGGGUACAUUAUCAGAGAAGAAUGGUCGUACAGAUCUCCCAAAUCACGGCUACCAACAGGAUGGUCAGCCUCCAUUAUACUUCUCGAAUCCAGAUCUGUUUUGGGCAGCCGCCUACCCCUUGCCACGUCUCGGCCAAGGCGGCUUCCGGGAAGCACUGGAAGGAGUUUGGGCUGCGACAACUGGUGGUCCUAGCAAGGGUAUUGAGCUGAAAAAGACCGUGAUUGGGAAACCAUACCAAUACACAUACGAGUAUGCUGAGCGCCAGCUUCUUCGGAAUCGUUCUAAGAGAUUCGGCGAUGCAGCUGGUCUCCCUCCCCUGAAACGGGUUUAUAUGGUUGGAGAUAAUCCAGAGUCAGAUAUCAGAGGGGCAAACUCUUACCGUAGUGAAUAUGGGAGCAGCUGGCAGUCGAUUCUGGUGAGGACUGGUGUGUAUAGUGGUGGCGAGCCUGCAUGGAUCCCGCACACAAUUGCAGAUGAUGUUCAGAAAGCAGUCCAGUGGGCCCUCAAAGAAUCAAAGUGGCCUUCAUCUUGA